AUGGAGUUCCUGGGCACCACCCAGACCGCCAGCUACUGCGGCCCGAGGAGGAGCUGCCUCUUCCCCGACCCAGCUCCCACCAGCACCACCCAGGACAGCUACCAGUCCUACUACCUGCCCGGCUACCGCUACCUCAGCUCCUGGAGGCCCAGCCUCUUCCACAAGGAGCCCGCGAUGCCACCAGGCGCCGACGAGCACCUCGGUGCCGCGAGGCGGCCGCCCACGGUGCUGCCCUCGCUGCGCUCGGCCCUGCACGCCCGCUACAGCCCUCACGACUGGCACCGGGCAAACGCGGCGCAGCUGACGGGCUCUGAAGCCUCCAGGCGCUGGGCUGGCAAACUGAACAGCGACUCCAUGCGACUGAUGCAGGACAAGGACCAGCUCACCUACCAGAUGCAGGAAGGUAGCAGGAGAAACCUGGGACAGAGGCUCUCCAGCCUGGAUUUCUGGAGAGCUGAGCUGGUCUAUGAGCUGGACUAUCUGCUCACCGAGAGCCAGGCCCUGGAGAUGGCAAAGAAGCGACUUGAAUGCGCUGCGGAUGAGAUGCAAGGACCGCUGAAGACUGCCCUGGAGUGCCUGUACAACCGGGAGAAGCGCAUGGGUAUCGACCUCGUCCAUGAUGAUGUGGAAAAGUGCCUCAUAAAGGAGGUCGAUCUACUCAAGGAUUGGCAAGCAAGAAUGAGAAAACUUGCAGAAAGAAUCAAUCAACAGUUGAGUAUCAACAGAGAUGUGCAGCAUGCCCUAGAGCAAGAUCUUUGUGACAAAAACUCAGCCCAUUUUAUUGAUGAGAAGUGUUUUAACCUGAGGAACACGUCAGACAGCAUCAGCUUUUACCAUGGAGUGGAGAAAAUAGAUGGAACUGUUUCAGUUCCUGAGACAUGGGCAAAGUUCAGUGAGGACAAUAUCAAGGCCUCUCAGCGUGCGCGGGCCGACUCUGCGAGGCUCCACGGUGAGACAGAGGCUGCGCUGGAGACGGCCUCUGAGGAGACGUGGGGUCAUUACACGAAUACCAACUUGGCUUUCARUAAGCGCAUCUCAGAGGUAGCCGAUGCAAAGAACAAACUCCAAGCACAGCUGGCCAAGAUCCUUCAAGAAAUCUUCCAGACAGAAAAUACAAUCAUGUUACUGGAGAGCUCUAUAAUGGCCAAGGAGAGUCCCCUGAAAGUGGCGCAGACCCGCCUGGAGGGAAGGACCAAGCGACCCAACAUAGAGCACUGCCGAGAUGCACCUCAGUUUCAGCUCGUCAAUGAAGUUUUUACUAUCGAUGACACCUUGCAGACCUUAAAGCAACGUCUGCGAGAGGCCCACGAUACCCUGCACAUGUUGGUUCUCAACAAAUCCAAGCUGGAGCAUGAACUGUCUGUGAAGACAAACUCCUUCAUCAUUGAUAAGAAGUGCAUGGACAUGCGCAAAACCUUCCCCAGCAGCCCGCGGCUCGUUGGCUACGUCUGAAGCAACAAAUAGCCUUUCAUCUCUUUAACAACUUAAAAGUUGCAAAUCCUGAAGGAAAUAUUUAUUA